AUGGCUGAAGCUUCGUCGUCCGCAACAUACGUCCUGGUCACCGGUGGUGCCGGGUUCAUCGGCUCGCACACUGUCCUGGAGCUGCUCAAGCAAGGCUACAAGUGUGUCGUGGUCGACAACCUCUGCAACAGCAGCGACAUCCCUCUCCGGCGCGUUGAGGAGCUGGGCUUGCGUGGCGUGUUCCGGCAGUACAAGUUCUCGAGCGUGAUCCACUUUGCUGCGCUCAAGGCCGUGGGCGAGUCAGUGCGCAAGCCGCUCAACUACUACCGCAACAACAUCACCGGCACGCUGAACCUGCUCGACGUGAUGAUCGAGUUUGACGUCAAGAACAUUGUGUUCUCGUCGUCUGCUACCGUCUACAAGGCAGACCCAGAGGGCAAGCCGCUGCGCGAGGACAGCCCGCUGGGCUGCACGAACCCGUACGGUCGCACAAAGCUGUACAUGGAGAGCAUCAUUCGCGAUGUGACCGAUGCUGAGCACGGGUGGAACGCCAUCAUGCUGCGGUACUUCAACCCGACGGGCGCGCAC